CUUAAAUAGGAAACCUUCUGUGGUAAGCUCAUUUAAUUAAAGUUUCAGUAAUACAUUUAUUUUCAUAAUCCUAAUCAUCUAAUUGAAAUCCUCUGUAUGCCAUGACAUUAGAAAAUGAUAAAACAGAAAAUGAUAAAAAACAUUGGAGAAGGCAAAGUAUCCGAAUCAAACAAUGGUGAUACAGUUAUUGAUAUUCCACCAGACCUGUUGAUUACAGAAUUUGAGGACCCAAUCGUAGCAAUAGUUAAUUCUACAUAUCCGGAAUUUACGAGCAAUUCUUGCUUCUACAUUGGAGGAGACGUGCGUGAUUAUUUCAGUGCAAAUUCUAUUGAUAAGUCGGAAUUCCACGAUGUAACAUUGGUUGACAUCCUCACCCCAGAAUUUCUCAGUUCACUGCAAACAUCAGGAUUACCUAACCAUCAUAUAAAACUAAAGGUUGGGACACCAAUUAUGGUCAUGAGAAACAUCAACCAGUAUGAAGGCUUAUGUAAUGGAACAAGGUUGAUAAUAACAAAGUUGGGUGGUGUGAUUUAAACUAUGUGAUUUUUAUUCUGGUGGUAAAAUUACUCUUGGUUGGGUGGAGAUAGAA